UAUAUAAAUGCGAAGCACUUCACAAUUGCAAUUUAGUUUCGUUACCGAUUCGAGCGGGGCGACACAUCAACUCAUAAUUCUCUCACACUCGGAAUGGCGCGCUUGUGUUGUCUGUUGGUGGCAUUAGCCGUUGUCGGCUAUGGAUCGGCUGCGCCGGCUCCCAUCAAGGGGCAGGGACGCUCAUUUGGACUUAUCGGCGGUGGCUUGGGCGCCAGCGUGGGACUAAGCGCAGGCCUGGGCAUAAAUGCGGGUCUCUAUAGUGGCUUUGGCGGUGGUGGCUUCCAUCCCGGCUCGUUCGGCGGUGGCUACUAUCCCGGUGGUGGUUACCAUCAUGGCGGCGGUGGAUAUGGUGGUGGAUAUGGUGGUGGAUAUGGCGGUGGCUACUACCCAGGCGGCGGCUACAGUGGAUUCGGACACAAGCCUUAUUAUGGCGGCGGCGGUGGUUACUAUCCAGGCGGUGGAGCAUACAACAAUUUCGGAGGCUCAUAUGGCGGCCACUACAGCCAGUCGCAGUCGCAGUAUUCCAAUAAUUAUCAUAAUGGCGGCUAUGGCGGCGGCUUCUUUGGUUGAUAGUCGUA